AUGAUCUCCACACCUACAAACGCCUUGUUGGUGGAAUGUGGAGAAAUGCCUUUACAUUCAAGAUUCCGAUAUUUAAGUGAUAAAUUUGUACUUAAAAAAUACCAAGUACAAAAUAAUAGAACAAUCGAAAAUAUCAAGAAUGUAGCCAUAGAUACAUUAACAAACGGGUCAAAAAUUAAUAACAAAACUGGCUGCGCUUUAUUUUAUGAAAACGAUAAUAUCAAAAUAGGAUAUAAACUACCAGACUUCGUUUCAAUUUGGUCAGCCGAGCUAAUAGCUAUAAAAAAAGCAAUUGAAUAUAUAGAAAGCCACAAAAUCACUAAAGUAGCCAUAGUUACCGAUAGCAAAAGCUGCAUAGAUAAACUGAAAAAUCUAUUCCAUACUAAUCGACUAAGCGAGACAUUAGUAUAUGAAGUAUGGAAUAGACUUAUACAGCUAUUGGAGAACGGGUAUACAGUCAAAUUAUUAUGGACAAGAUCGCACUCCGGUUCUAGUGGAAACGAUGAAGCGGACUCCAUAGCAAAAUGGGCAACAGAAUACGGAACUAUGAUCAACCUAGCCACUAGGAAAGACUAUAUAAAUAAUUCAAAGAAAAAAAUAGCAAGAGCAAUGGAACAGAUCGUCGGAAACAAAGGGACGACACUACAAGGCAGUCAACCCCAAAUUGAAGACGAAACCGUGGUUCCGAAAAUAUGCAGAUGA